CUCAGUUUAACCCAAGCCGGCUAGACCGCUAAAUAAACCGUUUGUGUUGGCGGGAAAGAAGACAGUAACAAAAGAAAAUGAGCUCAUCAGCGACAGACGCAGAGGCACCGGACCUGGUCUGCCAGCUCGACAAUGUCCAAGGCAUGGUUGAUGCCCUGUCCGCCGUCCGGUGGAAACGCCACCAGGACGCAGUAGUGGAAUUAUCAGAGCACGGUGUCGUUUUAAUAGUUGAGGAGACCGGUUGUCUUCAAGCCAAAGUUUAUCUGCAGAAAGAGCUUUUUAGCCGAUAUGAAUAUAAUGGUGAAGGGCGACCCAGGUUCGGAGUGAGCUUGGGGCUAUUUGUUGAUUGCUUGAACACAUUUUCUGUUCCUGGGCAUCAAUCCGCAAUUGAAAUUCAAUAUCCUGGACCAGAUUUGCAGCUUCUUAUCAAGUCUGUUGAUUCAAUCGAUGCCUGUAUAUAUGCUGAAAUCAGGACAAGAAUUCCAGAUACAAUCUCAUGGGACUACAACUUUGAACCUGCAGGAAGUACACCACUAAGUUUUACAGUUAAAUCUGCAGCACUAAAGGAAGCUUUUGAUGAUCUUGAAUGGCCAGGUUCCAGCAUCCAGAUUACUCUAACACCAGUACCCCCAUCCAUAACUUUCAGAGGCGAAGGCCAUGGAGACUUGCAGAUAGACUUCAUGUAUUAUGUGAAUACUGAUCUCUUAAUUGCAUUUCAAUGUGAUUACCCAGUUUCAUACAGAUACAAAUACAAGUUCCUUCGAGCUACUACUUCUAACAUACCCAGCAGUGUUAUUAAAGACAACAGAGGAAGCAAGUUGACGAUUGGGAGAGGUGGAAUGUUGAAAGUUCAGCAUCUGGUAUCAGUUGGAAGACCUUUUUCACAUGCACAAAUUGAUUCUGUCGGCUAUCAGCAACCUAGUCGAAUUGCUUUUAUUGAGUUCUUUGUGAGGUCUGAGGAAGAUGAAAGCACCAUAAAUGACUAAUCAGAAUUUUCUUCCAGAUUCCCUUCUAUUCUAAUCUUAUAGAUUUUAAAUGGUGUACCUAAGCUGACAAAGGUAUCACUUCAUAUAAUUAGUCUUUUACUGCAACGAUAUUAGCCCCAUUGAAACUUGGGGGUGAAAAAGCGGGUUUGAGUAAAAACUGAAUUUGUUUUGCCUCUGGUUUUAGUUUUGCGACUAUGAAACCAAGGUUAUAAGAACAGCAGCCAAAUAGAUGCUUCUUCUAGA